ACGAAGGAGAACACUCAGCAACAUUCCGGGGUGACAGAAUUAUAUUGUAGCUUCCUGGACCAUCUGACAAAAUCAGGAAAAACACAUUGGAUCAAACGCGGCUUUAGUUAUUUGAAGUGUCUCCUGAAUGCCUUUCUGGCAGUUUCCUAUUGGCGGCACUUAAUCGGGGAGGCCAAAGGCGCCAUGAAGGCCAUAGUGUGGUGGUACCGAAUGGGGCUCAUCUGCGGAUUGGGGAGCACAAUCCUUGUCUGGGGAAAUGAGGAGGCACCACUUGACCGUCAACAAGUAUCCUCCCUAAGAACCAAUGAUGCCCCCGGGGAGGAAGGAACCUGCAUUGAUAAACAUGAGUGUCUGAGCAUUGAGCUGACCAAUUGGUUCAAAAAGAUGGCUGUAGAGCGCAAAAGUGACGAGAUCUUGUGCCAGGAUCACAAUUUGAUCCAAGAGGAGACCUCGUCGAAAACGGGAGGCAUCACUGAGGACGAGGUCAAGCCAAUAUUCGAGGUAACGGACUGCAAAAUGGAAGGUGCUACAUGGAAGUAUCGUUACCAAGGUGCCAAAGGCAAGAACCGCAUCUUCCACGGUAAAGGAAAAUUAUCGUUCACGAAGCACUCCAGCCCACCUCAUGGGUAUGAUUUCGGAAUGAAAACGGGUCGAUGCCUUUUAGUGGAUGCAGACAUUGAAUCCAUUGAGGGCUGGUUCAUUGAGGGCAUCGUACAAGGGGAAGCGGAAAUCACCUAUUUUGACGGGCGACAACACAAGGUCACCGUCAACUCGGGGGUCAUGGCCGGUCUUGUGAGAGAGUUUGGCGAUGAAAUGGAUCCGAUAACGGGCCGGCCUAAGUUGGAGAAGCGGUUGUACGGACUGAAAUUUAUGCACCGCGGCCAACCCCACUCCAUUCAUUGGGAACUCAGGGACAAUGAGGUCAAAGUUUUGCGGGACCAAGACCAAAACCAGUUGCUGGUGGUUGUUCCCAAUAAUCAGACAUGGAUGUAUUUGUAUGGUCCACUCGACGACGACGACAUGAUGUUGCAAGCCCGACAAGCCAAAUUGACACACAUCAUCUAUCGCAAUUGUUUGGCCAUUCCCCAGUUUGAGCCCUUCGGGGAAACCUUCGACUACGACCUCCAAAUUCUGGGCAAGACCAAGGCCACCGUAGCCAAACUCAUUCGUUUCUUUGAGAUUGCAGCCAACGAGAAGGAAAAGCUGGACACUCGGUUCCAAGUGGAUCCUGAUCCAGUGGAUUUGAGUAAUGCCGAAAUCUUGUUCCGUCUCAAUGGCGAUCCCAGCCAAAAGCCAUUCCUGUCCGUUACCACCUUAGACGGUCCAUCCAAGGCCAUAUUUGAAGGCGGACAACGUGGUUCCGUUCUCACCGGCCAAGGUGUCAUGAAGAUUGUCAGCGAGUACCGUCGCAAAGACGUUAUGCCUCUAGCCUCGAACAGUUCAGAAGAGACUGACACACAAAAUGCUACUACUACCACCAUGCCCUCCAACGAAUUGCAAAUAGAGGCCUAUCUAAACGAGAUGUUGACCUACGACGCCCUUCCAUUCCGAUUGGGCCAUGUGAAAAAGAUCCAAAGCAUUCAUGGCCACUUCAGCUCGGGCGUGCUCAACGGGCUGGCCAAAGUGAGCUUCACGGAUGGAACCGUUUGGGAAGGCUUGACCAAAGAAGGCGUUUGGCAUGGCGUUGUUCGCUACCUGGAACGACCCUUCACUAAAGGCCGUCGAAAGAGAUUCAUUGGUCGGAUCGUGGAGGACGUCAUUCUCUCCGGAUCCACCAUGUCGAAAGACGAUCAAAUUGCCGAAGUCGAGUUCUUUGGCACAUACAAGAAUGGCUACAUCAACGGGCCCGGCUGGAAGUUUCAAAUUGGAGGGUCCUUUCUGUUUGGCGACUUUCAGCGAUCGUCCACCUUCACCACCAAUGAGGGAGCCUACAUCAAUCAGGAUUUGGAGACCGGGUAUGUGGGCAGCUUUCAAGAGGGAAAAAUGAUGGCGGGUCAAGUGGCCCCUGUCAUUGGCCACACCAUCCAAAAUGGGGUGGCAGUGCCCACCUUCGGCCCCGCCCAUGGUCCAGUUUACCGCUUCGUCGCCCCCUCCGAUACGACUGACGAGCUCACGGAUCCUUUGGUAGCCGACAGUACCGAAGAAAUAUGGGUCUACGUGAAAGCCUCCCAAGUGUCGGCCAAGGCAGGAGAGGGUCUCUUCGCCAAGAAAGAAAUCCCCUCGAAUACGGUAGUGUCCUUUUUUGGCGGUCUCCGAAUGUCCUUCAAUGAAUGGAACUCCACGAAACCCAUCGAUCCCGAGUAUUGGAUCAAGGUUAACGACAAAGAGGUGAUCUACUUGCCGUCAGAGUUUGGCCGAGACACGUCCAAAUAUCGAGCAACCCUCGGCCAUAAGAUCAACCACAGUUUUUCGGCGUGGAAUUGCAUGUUUCAUGCCAUGGAUCAUCCUCGGUUUGGCACCAUUCCGGCGGUCCGAACCACGGAGAAGGUUGAACCGGACCAGGAGUUGCUGUGUCUCUAUGAGAUUCAAUACCAUGAGGGUGCCCCGUGGUUUCAGGAACUGUGGCGUCAAGAGUUGGACUACGACAUCCCGAUUGGGCCCUUUGGCCACCGGGGCAACAAAAGCUCACCCGGCGAGCCCAUGCCCGUUAUGUUGAGCAAUGGGACUUUCUUUCAAGAGUUCUACCAACACGCCAUUGAGGUCCUUAAGCUGGAUCCUCAAACUUAGGGUCCAGUCACACUGUGAAACUGUUCAUGUUUGAUGAAUGUGAUAACCAAAAAAGGAGGAAGUAAGGAGCCAACUUGGUUUGUUUGUACCGUCUAUUUCGACGCCGUACGUACGUACGUACUAUCAGGGAGAUUCAUCAGAAAAUUGAGCGA